CCCCCCCCCCCCCCCUGCCCGCUUGUCUUCUUUGCUUCAUUCACUGCAAUAUUCCCUUCAUUCUUCCGUUCCUUCCUCUUCUCGCCUGGUGCUUUGAUAUUUGUAUAAAUAGCUGUUGUUUCUUUUGCUUUUUUCUUUCCUUUGCUGUUCUGUUUUUUUUUUACUUCUUUUCUGGGUUUCAUUCACAAAAGCUACGGCUGCAGCUUGGAGUAACUUUUUUAACGUGCGUUGGGUCACCACAGAUACGAACCUGCUCUACGUCAUGUAGAUGCGCCGCCACGACCGACAUGAAACGGAACGAACGGACGAACGGAAUACAGUCGCUAUCGAGGUUAUGGAGGAGGGGGGAGGGGGAAGGGGGAAUGCAUGGGAUGGACAGACGGCAGACUUAUUUUUUCAACUGCCAUUUUUGUAUUGUCAUUCGCAUCGUGGUUUUGGUAGCAUCAUCUUUGUAGGAUUCUAUACCUUGCUGGUCGUUUUUGGUGAUUUGUAUUAUCUAUGCAUAACUACUAUACUCGUAUCAUACUUGCAAUACUUGCACGGACAUGGCUAUCCAAUACAACAUAUGUAUGUAACUACGGUUGGAGGUGUAGUUGGAGGUGAUACCUUGUACUUACAACGCUGUCAUGCCCCGAGUCCAGGAGAUGGGGAGAUGCCUGGGGCAAAUGGUUGAAUGCAUAAACGUGGUUUGCUCCAGAUUUAGGCAUU